AUGAAUGAGUUAUUUAGGAAAUCAUUUUAGGCUUCAACAGUUGAUACUAGAUAAAGGUUGGCAUCCAGAUAGGCAAAAUAGCAUUAAGAUACAACCAUUCCAAAAUCGAUUCUAGAUCAAAAUGGAAUCGAAAGAUGGAUCAAUGAUAUUUUGAGAGAAGCUUGUUUAAAUGAGAAAUAGAACAGUUUGAACAAAUUGGGUCUUGACAGAAAUACUUUAAAGGUUGUAAAUGACUCUCUAAUUUUCAUUGUAGAGUGCCGGAGUUAAGGAUGAAGACGUUAGUAGGCUUUAUCGCAGCAUGUUUGUUUAUACAGUGGGAUUUUAUGAAAUGCUUCAUGAAAUGCUUAGAAAUUUAUAGUUAACAGCAGCCAUUUGGAAGGUCUUUGGAAUACUUUUGGAAUAUGUUGCUAAAGGAGAUUUUUAAUUUACAAUAAAUUAAAUAUAGUAAGAAACUUAAUAAAAAAUUGAAGAGCUGAAUGAGACAUUGACUUAAAGGGAGACUAAAUUUAAAUUAGUCGAAAAAAAGGCAUAGGAAGAAAUAAUUCAAUUAUAGAGCAUGUUAUAAGAUAUAACGGAUUAGAAUAAUGUGUUAAAAUUACAGAGAGACAAUGCUGAGCUAGAUUUCCAAUAAUCUAAUACAGCAUUUGAAGAAGAAGUAGCCUUAAGAAUCAAAUUUGAAUAUAGAAUUAAUGAAAUUACGUCCAUAUAUAGGGAAUUAGCUUAAAGUUACUCAUAAUUGUGUGAGGAACUCCAAGAAAUAAGAAUACUGUAUGACAAGACUAGUAAUGAUUUAAUGAAAUCCAAGAAAUAAUUAGAAAUUGUGAUUGAAGAAAAGGAUAUUAGAGAUAAUGAAAUUAAUCAUCUUAAACAAACAGUAGAAAACCAAAAAAGAUAAUUGGAUGAAAAGGAAAACAAAAUUCUAAUAUAUGAGUUAAGAAUUAACAAAUUAACGAAGAUUUCAGUUAAUGAUUAAAGCAUUUCAAUGAAUUAUGAACAUUAAUUUAAUCAAUUAUGUAUGCAAUUUUCAAAGUAUAAGGAGGAAAACAUAAUAAAGUAAUUUAUUUUAUGAAUUAAAUUAUAGAUUACAAGAAUUAGAAAAAUAUCAAAGAAAUUAUUAGGAUGCCUUGGAUUUAAAUAAGAAGAUAACAAAUGAGAUUCAAAUUAUAAAAUAAGAAAAAUUUUAAUUAUAAACAGAAAAUAAUAAAUAUAAAAUUACAGUUGAAUCAUUUGAAUAAUUGGAAUAAGGAUAUAGAUCCAGCAUUUUGUAAUUGUAAUAAGAAAAUAGAGAAUUAAUUGAAGAACAUGAAAAUGAAAUUAAGAAAUUCUAAAAGAUACAAGUAGAACAUUCAUUUUAAGCACAAAGAAUUUAGGUAUAAUAAAACGAGAUUUUGGCAUUGAAUCAAAAUAUUUAACAAAUGAAAAUUGCAAAAAUUCAUUUGGAUGAGUUAUUUAUCAAAGAGAAGGCUCAAGUAGAGUUAUUAUAAAAUAGAUUAGAAGGAAAAGAAGAAACCAUUUUGGACAUAGAAAAAUGCUUAAGUUUCAGUCAAUAAAGAUUGCAAACUUUGACAACCGAGAUGAGUGAGUAGGAAAAUAAAUUAAGGAUUAAUUAAUAGGACUUUACAGCAGCUGAAUUAUCAUACAAGAAAUAAAUUGAACAAUUAGCAGAAACUUUAGAAAGGUAAAGACACGAACUUAUUAAUGAAAAAGAUAAACUUGAAGCACUUCAAAAUCAAUUUGAAUCCUAAAGAAAGGAAUUAGCAGAGAUUAAAGCUUUGUAUAAAGUAUAGGUUUUUGAGAAUAAUAAUUUAGUUACUAAAUAAAUAUGUUCGGAUCGUAUUAUCAAUAAUGAUAACCAAAGAUUUGGUGAAUUUAUUAAUGAAGUCACUGAUGUAUAAGUUAAGUAUGAAGAUUCUUUAAGGCUGUAUAAACAAUUAGAAAUUCAAUAUUAUGAAUUAGAAAAAGCGAUGAAUAAGGAUAAGGUGUUUUUAACAGGUGUAUAUGAAGGUAAAAUUAGUAAUUAUAAAUCAAUGUAAAAGGAGAUGGUUUCUAAGAUGAAACUUGAAGAUGCUUUAAGUUAAUGGGAUAGAACUAAUCAAAAACUUAUUAGAUUAGAUUAAGCAUUUAAAAAUCUUUACGAACAACUCAAAUAACUUAAAAGUGAAAAUUAGGUUAUCAACAAAGAAAAUGAGGAGCUGAAUUUUCAUUUAAGAGAGCAAAAAAACGUAAUUCAAAAAUUAAAAACAGAUAACAAAAACAUUACUAAUAAUUUAAAGCUAACAAAGUUCAAAUAAAUGAUAUAUUGUUCCUGUCUUAAGGAAGUGAAUAAAUAGGUAAAAUAAUUAACAGAUCUACUACUAUAAAACUAAAAUAGUAAUUUAGAGUUGAACAAUGAAUUAGCAAAAGUGAAGGAAGAAAAUCUUAAAUAAAAAUAACUUAUAAGAAGAUAUAGGUUAUCUGCUCAAGGGUAACAAUAACCAAGUCAAAUUCAACUAGAGGAAUAAGAUUCAGCAAACGAUCUCUAAAUUUUAUAAAUUAAUAAAUAACUUAACAAGUCUGAACAUUUAAAAUCAGAAAAAUCUUAAGAUGAUUAACCAAUUUCUCUUAAUAAUUCAAUUCUUUUGUAAAAUCAAACAAAAUAACUAAAAAAAUCUAAAUUUUAAAUUGAAGUAGAAUAAAUUGAAUAGAAUUUAUCCAAAAAAUAAUAAGAAGAGUAUUAAUUAAAAUUAGAGUAAUUGUCAUAAACUAUAGAUUUAAAAUAAUCUUAAAUUGAAAAUAAAACUUAAAAUUAACCAUAAAAAUUAAAUAGUAUUUAAAUUAAGGAUGAUCUUCUUAAUAUUGACUAGAGUCAGUUUUCAAAUGAUAACGAAAGGAAUUAACAAGCUGCUUAUUAAAAGUCUCGUAGUAUUAGUGUAAGUUAAGGAAGUAAAAGUCAGAGAAGCAACAAAUCAUAAGGAUAGAUGGAUUUCGUAGUGAGAGUCAAGAAAAAUACUUUGAUAUAAAAUGCAAAGAUGAAUUCAAAGUAAUUUGGUAGAUUAUUUUAAAUCACUAGAGAUCAUUAUCAAUCUUGA